AUGAAUAACUCACACAGUAGAAAAGACAGGACGCUGUUUGUAUCGAUGAUCCAUAAAUCUAUCACGGAUGACGAUCUGUAUGAGCUGUUGAGUCGUGCUGGGCCUAUUGAGAAGAUAAUUUUCAAAGAGAAUUAUGAUGGCACUCCACUACAUGCUCUCGUUGUUUUCAAAAAUGUGGAGUCAGUCAUCUUUUCGAUUAUGCAUAUUCUUCCGAUGGUGAGAACAUCGAAACUCGUUGAAUUACGUCCAUUACGUGAGAGCAGUCUCCACAAUCCAUCCUUAUCAUCCAGUCCUCACCUCAGUCCAACCAUGAUGUUGACGGAGGAGCAGUUACCAAGAAAAGUGUUCCACUCGUCGUAUCCUACUAACAAUAACAAGACUGCUCCCGGUUGCAGUAAUCGGAGCUUGCCUAAUGACGUACGCGACAAAAAAUCCAUCCCUAACGUGGAGCCUGGAAGGUAA